CGCCAGUCUCCGUCCGCCUCACAACCACCGUCGUCUUCCGCUGUCGUCCCGGCUCAACCAACACCGAGCACUCCCUCAGCGGAGCCCUCGCAAUCAGGUAUGUAAGUUAACAUCACUCAAAACUAAAGGAUGGUUGUUUUGUUUGAGAGGUUGUGUGUAAAAUGUGUGGAUAUUCUAUAUUUUUGUAGAUGAAAGUUUGCGGUCGCGUAGUUGCGCGGCUACAACGGCUCAAGCUAACAAGCCCGUCCCAGCCCGUGUCAACCCAUUCACCUUAGCAGCAAAGGGAAAGAUGACAGUAGAGAAACGUGAGGAGUGCCACAGAAAAGUCACCGCUUUUGUGGUGAAAAGGCUGCAUCCCUUCUCAGAAGUAGAAGCACCUACAUUUCGGGACAUGCUUUUUACUCUUAACCCCAACUACACCCCCCCUACCAGAGAUUAUCUGACAAAUCACUUAAUACCAUCUUGGUAUGAGAUUGAAAAGUCAAAUAUAAUCACUGAGCUUAGUGAAGUUAGCCAUGUUGCCCUCACAUCUGACGGCUGGACUAGUAUUGCGCAAGACCACUACCUUACUGUCACAGCACACUAUUUAGUGGAAGGCAAAAUGAGGCAAAAAGUGCUCCAAACCAAGGCUGUCUACAAAGCCCAGACAGGAAUCGUCAUAGCAGAGGAGAUUGCAGAUGUCUUGACAGAUUUUGGCAUUUUUGACAAAAUAGUGGCAGUCACAGUUGACAAUGCUGCAAAUAUGGAUGUAGCCAUACACAGGCUCCAAUUUGUGAAGCUGGGCUGCUUUGCUCACACUUUGAAUCUGGCAGCACAGAGUCUCUACUCAUUGGCCAUCAUGUCUCAAUGGAUAGCAAAGAUCCGUGCACUUGUGUGGAUUAAGAGGUCAUCAAUGGCUAAGACCGUGCUCCAGGAGAAGCAGGCUAUCCUAAGUAAGACUCACUGAGUUACAUUCAUUUGAUUGUUGUGAAUUGUAUUUAAUUAAAUAAUGCUUGUUUUUUUCAAUACAAAGCACUGUAUGCGUUUUUCAGGUAUUAACAUUUCAAAAACUAUGUAAAACAAACAUGUCAAAUGAUAACUACUCCAUGUUAAAUUGAAAUCCCAUAUGUUAAAGUAUUUGUGAUUUUCUUGUUUGUCAGAGCUGCAUCAACACUCGCUCAUACUUGAUGUGAGAACUCGCUGGAA